CGGAGCCGCCUCCGGCCUCCGGUCCUGGAGCCGCGGGCCGCGGCCGGCAGCGGCCAGCCUUGCAGCGGUGUGUUCUAGGUCAAUGGCCUCUAAGACUCCAGUUGGAUUCAUUGGACUAGGCAACAUGGGGAAUCCAAUGGCAAAAAACCUCAUGAAACAUGGCUAUCCACUUGUUAUUUAUGAUGUGUUCCCUGAUGCAUGCAAAGAGUUUCGAGAAGCAGGUGAACAGGUUGUGUCUUCCCCAGCAGAUGUAGCUGAAAAAGCUGACAGAAUUAUUACCAUGUUGCCCACCAGUAUGAAUGCAAUAGAAGCUUAUUCUGGAGCAAAUGGAAUUCUAAAAAAAGUGAAGAAAGGCUCACUAUUAAUAGAUUCCAGUACUAUUGAUCCUUCGGUUUCAAAAGAAUUGGCCAAAGAAGUUGAGAAAAUGGGAGCAGUUUUCAUGGAUGCCCCUGUUUCUGGCGGUGUGGGAGCUGCUCGGUCUGGGAACCUUACAUUUAUGGUGGGAGGCGUUGAAGAAGAAUUUGCUGCUGCCCAAGAGUUGCUGGGCUGCAUGGGCUCCAAUGUGGUGUACUGUGGCGCUGUUGGGACCGGGCAGGCUGCAAAGAUCUGCAACAACAUGCUGUUAGCUAUUAGUAUGAUUGGAACUGCUGAAGCUAUGAAUCUUGGAAUCAGGUUAGGGCUUGACCCAAAACUAUUGGCUAAAAUCCUAAACAUGAGUUCAGGACGGUGUUGGUCAAGUGACACUUACAAUCCUGUACCUGGGGUGAUGGAUGGAGUUCCCUCGGCUAAUAACUAUCAGGGUGGAUUCGGAACAACACUCAUGGCUAAGGAUCUGGGAUUAGCACAAGACUCUGCUACCAGCACGAAGAGCCCAAUCCUCUUGGGCAGCCAAGCCCAUCAGAUCUACAGGCUGAUGUGUGCAAAGGGCUACUCGAAGAAGGACUUCUCAUCCGUGUUCCAGUUCCUGCGAGAGGAGGAGACCUUCUGAGUUGGUUUUUCAGCCAUGGACACUGUUGGAAACCAAACUCUAUCUUGGAGCCUCCUUACAGCUCACUCCAUAAGUAAAUCUAAUCAAAGGUCACCCGUCUGCUUUUGAUUGUCUAGGUCACAGUUAAAUGGGUUUUUCACCCAUUUUUUACUGCUUAUUUUUAUCUCUUUAGCAGACAUACAUUACCUGAAUUUUUUCCCGCAAGCCCCCGAUGGUCCCUGUUAACUAGCAGAUUGAUCUUUUUCAAAAGUUUGAUCCUUGAGCAUCUUCAGCUAAAUCGUUGAUGACUUCAAUCAGGAUAUUAUUUAGGCCACUUUACAAGUAAAACCAAAUAUUUUUCAGCAGGAUAAAACAGAUACUAAAGGAAAAAAGAAAUCGGUGUGAGAAAAGGAAUUAGAGGAAGGGGAAAUACAGUGAAUUACUACCUGUGUCCCUCAGGAAGUUUGCCCUGUAAACCCAGUGGUGGUAUCCUUGCAUUACUUACUGAGUUAUUUUCAGGGAAUUGAUAAAGCAAGAGAACUCUUUGCCAUAGGUUUUAUAAUUUGGACUCUGUUACAGUAUCUUGGUGUGUCCCUCUUGUAACAAUUCCCAGUACUCAGCAAACUUGUUUUUUAUAUUUUCCCUUCCUUGUACAUUCUUACUACAUAUUUUUGACUUCAAAAGAAUGACAUCUUUAGACCUGUUUCAGAGCCAAUGAUGAUAUUUGCUUUAGAUAAUUAUUAUAGUAUUAUAAAUAGAACCAUAUUAUUUUGAAAUCAAAUAAAUUUCUAUGCUGAUAAUA